AUGGAAGUCAGUGAAGUUUGUCCUUCAGAUGCUUCAGAAGAAUUGAACAUAGAACCUGUUUCAAGUAAUUUAGUUUCCACACAACCGAUAACCGAUAAAUGCGUCGAUAAUUAUUUAUUUAAAUUGACAAGUGAUUUAUGGAAAAACGUUUCUGAUAAUGAUAAGCAUUUAUUCCUUAACGAUCCUUCGAGUCGUUCCGUACUGUGCCACAUGCAAGUAGGAAAUUUAGAAUUUGAAACUGAUGCAAUUUUUACCUAUGCAGUGUAUGAUCAUCUGAACUAUUUUAUUUCGAGAACCGGAAGCUAUCGUUUUGUGCACUUAAAUGAAUACAAAACUCUCAUUGGAGAAAACUACAUCGAAUCGGACCUGAUCGAUCGUAGCUCGGGCUCGGGCUCGGCCGGUCUGCCGCUCCUCGUGCAGCGCACCAUCGCCCGGCAGAUACAGCUGGCGCGCGACGAGUGCCUCGGCAAGGGCCGCUACGCCGAGGUGCGCCUCGGGCACUGGCGCGGCGAGCGAGUCGCCUGCAAGAUCUUCGCCGCGCAGGAGGAGGCCUCGUGGUUCCGCGAGACCGAGAUCUACCAGACGCACCUGAUGCGCCACGACAACGUCCUCGGAUUCGUCGCGGCGGACAUCAAGGGCACCGGCUGCUACACCCAGAUGCUCCUCGUCACGGAUUAUCACGAGCGCGGCUCGCUGCACGACUAUCUGCGUUCGCGGGUGCUCGAUCGGGCUGCGCUGCUGGUCUGCUGCCUGAGUCUGGCCAGGGGCCUGGCGCACCUGCACACCGAGAUCCCGGGCGGUACCGCGGCCGCCGGCAAGCCCGCGAUCGCCCAUCGCGACAUCAAGUCCAAGAACGUCCUGAUGAAGCGCAACGGCGAGUGCUGCAUCGCCGAUUUCGGACUCGCGGUGCGCUACUCCAGCGUGACCGGCGAGAUGGACGUGGCGGCGCCCGUGGCGCGCGUCGGCACGCGCAGAUACAUGGCCCCGGAGCAGCUCGACGAGUCCAUCGACGUCGGCUGCUUCGACUCCUUCAAGCGGGCCGACGUGUACUCGCUCGGCCUCGUGCUCUGGGAGAUAUGCCGGAGAUGCGCCACCGUGGAGGGCAUGAUCUCCAAGGCGGAACCCUACGCUCUUCCCUAUCACGACGUCGUGCGGAUCGAUCCCGAUUUCGAAGAGAUGAGGCUGGCCGUCUGCGUGGUGAACGUCAGGCCCGUUAUACCUCGAAGAUGGCGCAAUGAUCCGUUCUUAUGCGCAAUGAGCAAGCUGAUGGCUGAGUGUUGGCACUCUAAUCCCGCUGUGAGAUUGACAGCGCUUCGGGUCAAAAAAACUAUGUCACAACUGCACAUUAACAGUGAAAUUGAAAUUGUGUAG